AUGCGAUUUGCAUAUUUAGGGUUGUCUUUACUAUGGUCAUUCGCCUCGGCCACCAUUCUACAGAAUGGUCAAGUGAAAGAUGAUCCGUAUCCAGGUCAAGCUCCCAUAAUUGCUUUGGACGACUCUUGGACUAGUUAUGGAGCUGAUGCUCCUGAGAUUGCCUACAAAGGCCGUUGGGACAGCCAACACAUUUCUUGGUGGUCAGCGCCUGGAAUUAAGCUUCAGUUCUCUGGAAACAAGCUGGCUGUAACAUUUGGACCAAGCACUUCUGAUGGAGUUCUGGUAGCAUACCGUAUUGGAAAUUUGGCCUGGCAAUAUUCCAAUGUCACUUCCGAUGCUACUUACCAGUUUAUUGGUCCAUGGACUGAACUCGACGAAGAUUUAAUUGAUGCUCAAAAGCCUUUUGAAAUGAGAGUUCAGAUCGCCGGUGUUUCUACAGCAAACACAGCACAGUUGACCGUGCCGCCAAGAUUCGACAGGAAAGUUGAAGUAAUCGGCGGUAGCAUUGCCUCCGGACAAUAUGCAUCCUAUGAAACUCUCUCAUCCUGGGCAUACCUCUUUGUGGCUGGUCUGGGGAAUGUUGAGCACACAUUAACGACCUAUGCUGGUGUGUGUUUAGCAGACAAGCAAUGCUAUGAUGGACAGGCCCAUGGCAUGACAUGGUACUGGAACCGCGCAUCCGAUCCCGGCAGUCGGUCGCGUGCCUUCUACCCCGAUGAACCUGAAGUCUGGGACAACUCAGCAGAGCAACCUGCCGAUCUCGUCAUCAUUCAAAUGGGCGGAAAUGAUUACCGCCACCCGAAUGAGAUUCCCGGUCGAGAUUUCUACCACGCCUACGUGGAGUUGAUCGAUGAUAUUCACCGUACCUGGCCACAUGCGGUGGUUCUCAUUAUGUCUCAAUGGUGGGUCUGGCGACGAGAAGGUCUGAACUAUUAUCCGAGCAUCGCAUACGAACAAGAAGCGAAGGAUGUCCAUGCCCACUUCAAGGAUAAGGGAUUCGUGUAUUAUUUCGACACAACGGGUAUCCUCCAACACAACGAUAUCAACCCGAAGAACCACCCCACAGAUGUGGGACACGUCAAGUUGGCAAGCCACUUAUUACAAUGGACAAAGCUUGUGAUGAGGUGGAAUAUGGAGCCUUUGGGAGAGGUUCAGCACGGCACACUCUACUGGAAUGACAUGCAGGAGUAUUAG